AUGGAAGAUGGCAAGUCAGUCGCGCUUGGGCGCUCAAGCGGUUGCGAUCUGCGGACAACAUUCAUCUUCGAUCUGGAGCAAGUGCGAAUAAUUGAAGGAUCUAUCAAAAAAGUGGCAAUUAAAAGCGAGGACUAACCAUCACCAUGGAGCGAGACGAGGCGUCCACCUCGACCAGCGAGGGCAAAUCCCAGGAGGAGGCGCCCACGGCGGAGGGUUUGGAGCCCACUGAGCCCAUUGCUUUCUUGAAACUUUUCCGAUUCUCCACCUACGGCGAGAUCGGCUGGCUGUUCUUCGGCUUCAUCAUGUGCUGCAUCAAGGCUCUCACUCUUCCAGCCGUGGUCAUCAUCUACAGUGAGUUCACAUCCAUGCUGGUGGACCGGGCCAUGCAGUUUGGCACCAGCUCAAAGGUCCAUGCCCUUCCACUCUUCGGAGGUGGUAAAACACUUACGAAUGCCUCUCGGGAGGAUAAUAACGAGGCCUUAUACGAUGAUUCCAUAUCGUAUGGCAUACUCUUGACCAUCGCCUCCGUAGUGAUGUUCAUCUCGGGCAUUUUCUCCGUGGAUGUCUUUAAUAUGGUGGCACUGCGUCAGGUCACUAGGAUGCGAAUAAAGCUGUUUUCAUCCGUGAUUCGCCAGGAUAUAGGCUGGCAUGAUCUGGCCAGCAAGCAAAACUUCACACAGAGUAUGGUGGACGAUGUAGAAAAGAUACGAGAUGGCAUCUCAGAGAAAGUUGGUCACUUUGUUUAUCUUGUAGUUGGAUUUAUCAUAACUGUGGCCAUUUCAUUCAGCUACGGCUGGAAACUCACCCUAGCUGUGAGCUCUUACAUACCACUGGUGAUCUUGGUCAAUUACUACGUAGCUAAGUUCCAAGGCAAGCUGACUGCCCGAGAACAGGAAUCCUAUGCGGGAGCUGGCAAUUUGGCCGAGGAAAUACUGAGUUCCAUACGCACUGUGGUCUCGUUUGGUGGAGAAAAGUCCGAGGUACAGCGCUAUGAGAACUUCUUGGUCCCAGCUCGAAAGGCAAGUCAAUGGAAGGGCGCCUUCUCGGGGGUCAGUGAUGCCGUAUUGAAAUCAAUGUUGUAUCUGUCCUGCGCCGGAGCCUUUUGGUAUGGUGUCAAUCUCAUCAUCGAUGAUCGAGAUGUGGAAAACAAGGAGUAUACACCAGCUAUUCUGAUGAUUGCCUUCUUUGGUAUCAUUGUGGGUGCGGAUAACAUAGCCAGAACAGCUCCAUUCUUGGAAUCCUUUGCCACCGCCCGCGGCUGUGCCACCAACCUGUUCAAAGUCAUCGAUCUGACAUCCAAGAUCGAUCCUCUUUCCACGGACGGAAAACUGUUGAACUACGGCCUACGUGGUGAUGUGGAGUUCCAGGAUGUCUUCUUCCGAUAUCCCUCGCGUCCGGAGGUCAUUGUACAUAGGGGUCUUAAUAUUAGGAUUAGAGCUGGUCAAACAGUGGCCUUGGUUGGUUCUUCUGGCUGUGGCAAGUCUACUUGUGUCCAAUUGCUACAGAGAUUCUACGAUCCUGUCUUUGGAUCGGUGCUCUUGGAUGACUUGGACAUUAGAAAGUACAAUAUCCAAUGGUUGAGAUCGAACAUUGCUGUUGUGGGCCAGGAACCUGUGCUAUUUUUGGGCACAAUAGCACAAAACAUAAGCUAUGGUAAGCCAGGCGCCACACAAAAGGAGAUUGAAGCAGCUGCCACACAGGCGGGAGCACAUGAAUUCAUUACCAAUCUUCCAGAGAGCUAUCGCAGUAUGAUUGGAGAGCGAGGCUCCCAGCUCUCCGGAGGUCAGAAACAACGCAUAGCCAUUGCUCGAGCCCUCAUUCAGAAUCCCAAGAUCCUGCUGCUGGAUGAAGCCACUUCUGCUCUGGAUUAUCAAUCCGAGAAGCAGGUUCAACAGGCCUUGGACUUGGCCAGUAAAGGUCGUACAACCAUCGUGGUCUCCCAUCGAUUGUCAGCUAUUCGCGGUGCAGAUAAGAUAGUCUUUAUUCAUGAUGGUAAGGUUCUGGAGGAGGGUUCCCACGAUGAUUUGAUGGCGCUGGAAGGUGCCUACUACAACAUGGUUCGUGCUGGCGAUAUCAACAUGCCCGAUGAGGUGGAAAAAGAGGCAAGCAUUGAGGACACAAAAAGAAAAAGUCUGGCUCUGCUUGAGAAGUCCUUUGAGACGAGUCCCUUGAACUUCGAGAAGGGCCAAAAGAACAGUGUCCAGUUUGAGGAACCUAUUAUCAAGGCACUCAUCAAGGAUACCAAUGCCCAGAUAGCUGAGCCUACGCCUGAGAAACCAAAUUUCUUCCGCACUUUUUCUCGGAUCCUUCAGCUUGCCAAACCGGAGUGGUGUUACCUGAUUCUUGGAACAAUAAGCGCCGUUGCUGUGGGAUUUUUGUAUCCAGCAUUCGCGGUGAUCUUUGGAGAAUUCUAUGCUGCUUUGGCCGAAAGGGAUCCGGAGGACGCACUGCGUCGUACGGCUGUUCUAUCCUGGGCCUGUUUGGGCCUGGCAUUUUUGACCGGAUUGGUUUGCUUCCUUCAGACUUACUUGUUUAACUACGCGGGCAUUUGGCUUACCACCAGGAUGCGAGCCAUGACCUUCAAUGCGAUGGUGAGUCAGGAAGUGGGAUGGUUCGACGACGAGAACAACUCGGUGGGAGCUCUAUCCGCUCGCUUGUCCGGCGAGGCAGUUGGUAUCCAAGGAGCCAUUGGCUAUCCCCUGAGUGGAAUGAUCCAGGCGUUGUCCAACUUCAUAUCAAGUGUCAGCGUUGCCAUGUACUACAACUGGAAGUUGGCCCUGUUAUGCUUGGCCAAUUGUCCCAUUAUAGUGGGAUCUGUGAUCCUGGAAGCCAAGAUGAUGUCCAAUGCUGUUGUGAGGGAAAAACAGGCGAUUGAGGAAGCUUGUCGCAUUGCCACCGAAUCCAUAACCAACAUACGCACUGUGGCCGGUCUGCGAAGGGAGGCGGAUGUCAUCCGGGAGUACACGGAGGAGAUCCAGCGGGUGGAGGUGCUCAUCCGCCAAAAGCUUCGAUGGCGCGGAGUCCUCAACUCCACCAUGCAGGCAUCGGCCUUCUUCGCGUAUGCAGUGGCUCUUUGCUACGGAGGUGUUUUGGUGUCCGAGGGUCAGGUGCCAUUCCAAGAUAUUAUCAAGGUAUCGGAGACAUUGCUGUAUGGCUCCAUGAUGCUAGCUCAAUCUCUGGCCUUUACACCUGCCUUUUCCGCUGCUCUGAUCGCGGGACAUCGCCUGUUCCAGAUACUGGAUCGCAAACCAAAGAUUCAGUCACCCAUGGGCACCAUUAAAAACACACUCGCCAAGCAAUUGAAUCUCUUCGAGGGUGUGCGCUAUCGCGGCAUUGAAUUCCGUUACCCAACACGGCCGGAUGCGAAAAUCCUCAAUGGUUUGGAUCUUGAGGUGCUCAAGGGUCAAACGGUGGCCUUGGUGGGUCACUCCGGGUGUGGAAAAUCCACCUGCGUGCAGCUGCUCCAGCGCUACUACGAUCCCGAUGAGGGCAGCAUUCACAUAGAUCACGAUGAUAUCCAACACGACCUGACCCUCGAAGGAGUAAGGACCAAGCUGGGUAUAGUCUCCCAGGAGCCCACUCUUUUCGAGCGCUCCAUAGCGGAGAAUAUAGCCUAUGGAGACAAUCGGCGAUCGGUGUCCAUGGUGGAGAUCAUUGCUGCUGCCAAGAGUGCCAAUGCUCAUAGUUUCAUUAUUUCCCUGCCCAAUGGCUAUGAUACGCGGAUGGGAGCCCGAGGUACUCAGUUGUCUGGUGGACAGAAGCAGCGAAUCGCCAUUGCCAGGGCGCUGGUGAGGAAUCCCAAGAUCCUGCUACUGGAUGAGGCCACCUCAGCAUUGGAUUUGCAAAGCGAGCAGUUGGUCCAACAGGCCCUGGAUACCGCGUGCUCUGGACGAACCUGUAUUGUCAUAGCCCAUCGACUGUCCACUGUCCAGAAUGCCGAUGUGAUCUGUGUGAUCCAAAAUGGUCAGGUGGUGGAGCAGGGCAAUCACAUGCAGUUGAUUGCACAGGGUGGCAUUUACGCGAAACUACACAAGACCCAGAAGGAUCAUUGGUUCGCCCAUAUAGUGAUCACAAUGACGGAGACCCGCGAAGAUGUUCCUGCUACGGAUGCGGAUGACGCCGCGCCGGAGGCCCAGAAGAAGGCAAAGACCAAGGAGACGGCCCAACCCAUAGUCAGCUACACACAGCUCUUUCGUUACAUCGCUGGCUGGGAUUAUCUACUGCUCCUGUCGGCUAUUGUGGCGGCAUUUCUGCAAUCCCUUGUCUUUCCCAUUGCCAUUGUGGUCUACAGCGAACUGGUGGCCAUGUUCAUCGAAAGAACUCUGGGUCAGGGCACCAGUUCGGUCACCAUCGGAUUGUCGCUCUUCGGUGGCGGAAAGAUACUCACAAAUGCCACAUACGAGGAGAAUAUGCAGGAGUUGCGCAAGGACAGCGUAUCAUUCGGCAUACUCAUGACCCUGAAUACUCUGCUGAUGCUCUUCUCCGGAGUUUACUAUGUGGAUGCCUUCAACAGAUUGGCUCUGAAACUCACAGUCCGCAUGCGAAGGGAAUUCUUCAAGGCCACUCUAAGACAGGAGAUCGGAUGGCAUGACAUGGCCAAGGAUCAAAACUUUGCCGUUCGCAUUACGGACAACAUGGAGAAAAUACGCAGUGGCAUUGCUGAAAACUUAGGUCACUAUGUGGAGAUCAUGUGUGAUGUCACAAUCAGUGUAGUUCUUUCCUUUGUCUACGGAUGGAAAUUGGCUCUGGCAAUAGUGUUUUAUAUACCCCUAACCCUGUUUGUCAACUCAGCAGUGGCCCAUUACCAAGGAAAGCUGACGGGCCAGGAGCAAAGUUCCUAUGUUCGAGCCAGCUCGGUAGUUGAAGAAGUGAUUGGAGCCAUCCGAACUGUGGUGGCAUUUGGAGGAGAACGAACCGAGUCCCAGCGCUAUGAUAGUCUGCUGAAACCCGCUCUCAAGGCUGGCAAAUGGAAAGGAGCCUUCUCCGGACUGAGUGACACGGUGAUGAAGGCCAUGUUGUUUAUCACAGGAGCGGGUUCUUUCUGGUACGGAGCCAAUUUGAUUCUCUACUACCGGGAUCCCAGCAUUCCCAUUGACGAAAGGGCAUACACGCCAGCGGUUGUGAUGAUUGUGAUAUCGGGCAUUAUCGUGAGUGCCAAUCAGAUAUCACGAACCUCGCCUUUCUUGGAGACAUUCGCCAUGGCUCGAGGAUCGGCUUCAGCCAUAUUGGAUGUGAUAGAUCGAACAUCCCUGAUUGAUCCACUCUCCAAGGCUGGUAAAAUCCUGAACUAUGGUCUGAAGGGAACCGUAGAGUUCAGAGAUGUCUUCUUCCGCUAUCCUGCCAGAGAAGAUGUUAUUGUACUGCGUGGUCUGAAUGUAGUCGUUGAGGAAGGUCAAACUGUGGCCCUGGUGGGUCCUUCAGGAUGUGGCAAGUCCACUUGCAUACAGCUGUUCCAGCGCUUCUAUGAUCCCGUCUUCGGGCAAGUUCUAUUGGAUGGCGAGGAUGUCCGGAAGUAUAACAUCAAGUGGCUGCGUUCGAACAUUGCCGUGGUGGGUCAGGAACCCGUUCUCUUUCAGGGCACAAUUGGGGAAAAUAUCCGGCAUGGCAAGCCAGAAGCCACACAAAAGGAAGUCGAAGACGCUGCUAAAGCCGCCAAUGCUCACGAUUUUAUCAUAGCUCUACAUAAGGGCUACGAUACGGACAUCAGCGAGAAGGGCGUUCAGCUUUCGGGAGGUCAGCGUCAGCGUAUUGCAAUCGCAAGAGCUCUAAUUCAGCAGCCGAAAAUUCUGCUUUUGGAUGAGGCCACCUCCGCUUUGGAUUACCAUUCCGAGAAGCUGGUCCAGGCUGCGCUGGACAAGGCCUGCAAGGGUAGAACCACCUUGGUGGUGUCCCAUCGUCUUUCGGCCAUCAGGCACGCCCAUCGAAUUGUUUAUAUUGAAAAUGGCAAAGCAGUGGAGCAGGGCACCCAUGAGGAGUUGAUGAAGCUGGAGGGAUUCUAUCAUAAAAUGGUCACCGUGCAUUCCUAUGAUGAUUCCGCCGAGGAGCUGCUAAAUGAACUGGAAGAAGUGGCCGAGAUCAAGGAGAGGAAAUUGUCCUAUGAAGUUGAACCUUACCAACUGGGCACCCGAAACUCCAUUGUGUCGCUGGAAAAGAAUGCAGAGUUUCAGAUGAAGAACCUAAAUGGCCUGGCCAAUAUAACUUUGAAUCCGGAAUUUGAGGAUGCGGGAGUUCCGUCCGGAAAUUAUAUCAGCACGUUCUUUCGCAUUUUGGGUUGGGCUCGACCAGAGUGGAGUUUUCUCAUUAUUGGCGCCAUUUGUGCUGGACUCUAUGGUGUUACCAUGCCGGUGUUUUCCGUGGUGCUAGCUGAGCUAUAUGGAUCGUUGGCCAAGCCAACGGACGAGGAAGUACUUGACCAAAGUGCGUCCAUGGCCAUCAUCUCCCUGGUAAUUGGAAUCGCCGCCGGCGUGGUCUGCUACAUUCAGACAUUUUUCUUCAAUCUAGCGGGAGUCUGGCUUACUAUGCGAAUGCGCUCCAAGACCUUUAAAUGCAUCAUGAACCAGGAGAUGGGAUGGUUUGAUCGCAAGGAGAACAGCAUUGGAGCCCUUUCAGCCCGACUAUCCGGCGAUGCGGCCAGCGUUCAAGGAGCCAUCGGUUUUCCGCUGAGCAACAUCAUCCAGGCGUUUACCAACUUCAUCUGCAGUAUAGCGAUUGCCUUUCCCUACUCCUGGGAAUUGGCCCUAAUUUGCCUAAGCACCUCGCCCUUCAUGAUUGCAUCCAUUGUUUUCGAGGCUCGAUUUGGGGAGAAAUCGGCGUUGAAAGAGAAGGAGGUACUGGAGGAAACCAGUCGCAUAGCCACCGAAACUAUUACACAAAUUCGGACAGUAGCUGGACUACGACGAGAGGAGGAGCUGAUUAGGAUAUAUGACAAGGAGGUGGAGCGAUAUCGGACGCAGAUCCUCAGUCGACUGAAAUGGCGAGGACUGGUUAAUUCCUUGGGCAAAUCCCUCAUGUUCUUCGGCUACGCAGUGACUCUGACAUAUGGUGGACACAUGUGUGCUGAUGGCAAAAUCAAAUUUGAGACGAUUAUGAAAAUAUCCAACACAAUGCUGUAUGGUCUAUUUAUUCUGGCCCAGUCCCUGGCCUUCACUCCCGCGUUCAAUGCUGCUCUCCUUUCCGCCAAUCGAAUGUAUGAGAUCAUUGAUCGUAAGCCACAGAUCCAAUCACCCGAAUCCUUCGAGAUCCAACAGAAUGGCAAUGGAACGGCUUACAAGACGAAUGUCGUCCAGCAAGGAGUCAGCUAUCGUGGCCUCAACUUUUCCUAUCCCUCGAGACCACAUAUUAAAGUCCUACAGAACUUCCAUCUGGAUAUCAAUCAGGGUCAGACGGUUGCCUUGGUGGGUGCUUCGGGAUCGGGAAAAUCCACAUGCGUACAGCUACUGAUGCGGUACUACGAUCCGGAUGAAGGCAAGAUUCUCAUAGACCAAGAGAGCAUCCACCACGACAUGGACCUAAAAACUCUACGUCGGCGACUGGGCAUUGUGUCCCAGGAACCAUCACUUUUCGAGAAGUCCAUCGCCGAUAAUAUUGGCUAUGGAGACACCUCGCGACAGGUGCCCAUGCAGCAAAUAAUCGAGGCGGCCAAAAUGGCCAAUGCCCAUGAGUUUAUCAUGUCCCUGCCUGCGCAGUAUGACACGGUUCUGGGCUCCAAGGGCACCCAACUUUCCGGUGGGCAAAAGCAGCGAAUUGCUAUUGCUCGAGCGAUGGUGAGGAAUCCCAAGAUCCUUCUGCUGGACGAAGCCACCUCUGCACUGGAUUUCCAAAGUGAACGGGUGGUGCAACAAGCUUUGGACUCGGCAUGUUCAGGACGAACCUGUAUAGUAAUAGCUCAUCGCCUGUCCACCAUCCAAAAUGCCAAUGUGAUUUGUGUAAUUCAAGCCGGAAAGAUUGUGGAGCAGGGUACUCAUUCGCAACUGCUGGCCAAGAAUGGCAUUUAUUCCAAGCUCUAUCGCUGUCAGACGAAAGCCUCUUGAAAAGACUACAUACAGACCAGAAGAAAUCAUUAAAAUUAAGUUGGAAAACAAUUUUCCAGGAAUACUUCAACGCACGAAAAUAUGCAAUGAAUUUGCCCUUAGCUGUUAGUUGGGACAACAACCAAAGUAAUUUGGCCAUAAGCAAUGAAACAUUUGAAGUAGUUGUUAAAUAAAUGAAUAUGAAGAUAAAAAAA